AUGCCUCCUUUACUGGGUUCUAUAUCGUCACUGCCGACGACUUCUGAGACCAAAUAUGAACAGUAUUUCCUUUCAAAGGCAGAGAUGAAGCCAUCAGUGUUGACAAGGCGACAAGUUGGUGGCGCAUUGAUAUCAAUCGGAAUUCUAGGAUUUCUGCUGAAAAUCUUGAUAUGGAACCGACCUGGCACCCAUUAUGACAGGACGAGUGAUCCUCUUCUUCUGCAGUUUGUCUACACUUCGCCGGCAGCGCAACGUCUUCCGCUGUCCGGUCAACUAUUCUGUUGGGUUCAAACAGCGAAGAUUUAUCACGACACUAGGGCCCUGGCCAUUAACGAAACUUGGUUGUCACGAUGUGAUCAUGGACAACUGUUCACGGGAGAUUUCUUUUCGUCCAGUGACAUUCCUUAUUCAACUGUUUUUGCUGGCAUUCCUGACUCCUACUAUAAUCUGUUCUAUAAAAGUCGAUACGCCUUCUUCUACAUCUAUCACUAUAUUUCCAAAGACUUCGACUGGUAUAUGAAGGCUGACGAUGACACCUAUGUAGUCGUCGAACAUCUGAGGGAAUAUCUAUCCCACCUCGAUCCGAACAAACCAUAUUAUCUCGGCUACAAAUUAAGACCCUAUUUGGAAAACGGCUACAACGCUGGUGGAGCCGGUUAUGUCUUAUCGAGGGCAGCCGUGAAGAUAUUCAACGAAAUGCUCUAUUCCAACGAAACAUUGUGCCCAGACGACAUCUAUGAGGACGUUGGUAUUGGAAGGUAA